AUGAAACGUCGCAGCGCAAUCGAGGCCAGCGCUAAACAUUUUAACGGGACACAAAAAUCUCACCAUCAAUUCGUGUUUGAUACGAAACGACAUGUCCGCAUGAUUGAUCGUCUGUACCCGGACGACGUGACUGAAGAGAGGCGCCCAUUACAAACCGCCAUCAAACAAAAGUCGGCCCGUGAUGGCCGAAAGCGUGCGAAAGGCGGCGUCGAGGAGGCACGAUCGCUGAUGGGUUAUGAUGACGAACCACUCGUCAGUUUUACAGCGCACUUGGUUGUUGGUUGA